UGGCUAUAACUUUCAGCUAAGCAAUGUAUCGACAAAUUUGUGUUUUUAAAAAUUCUGGGCAACUAUGCCAAGUGCAGCAAUUGCGUUCAAUUACUCAAUCUGUAGAAAAGAUUUCGAGUGAAAAUUCCACCAGAAACCAAGAAUGGGAACAAGCCAAACCGUUCAAAUUAAUUCCGGGGCCAACAAGCUAUCAACUUAUUCGUGGUUUUAUGCCUGGCGGAAUGUUUUACAAAUUACCAAUUCAUGAAUUCAUUAAUAAAUCCCGCGAGAUGUACGGAGAUUUAUUUAUUCUCCCAGGAUUUCUGGGAAGACCAAAUUGGGUGAUGGCAUUUAAUGCUGAUGACUUUCUUCCUGUAUUGCGAUCUGAAGGUAAUUGGCCUUAUCGACGAGGUCUGGAAACAAUGACUUACCAUAGAAAAUAUCAUAGAAAAAAUCCAUAUGGCGAUGUUAUUGGACUGGUUGGAUCAAACGGAGAAGAUUGGGGAAAAUUACGGAGUACUGUUAAUCCGAUUUUGAUGCAACCUAAGAAUGCUAGACUGUAUCUGAACAACAUGUUAGAAGUCAAUGAUGAAUUUCUUCAAAGAAUUCGAGAGAUUCGUGAUCCAAAAACAUUGGAAGUGCCCGAAACAUUCGAAGACGAAAUCAAUCGUUUGACAUUUGAAUCAGUUGCUACGAUUGCACUUAAUCGUCAACUUGGUCUAAUUCGCAAAAAUCGAAACAAUGAAGAAGCCAAAUUAUUGUUCGAAAGUCUUCGAAGUCUUUUCGAACUGUCCAUGGUACUGGACUUUGGACCACCAAUAUGGAAAUAUUACAAAACUAAACAGUUUUACCAGCAGAUGAAAAAUUUUGACAAUCUGUCAGAUAUUUGCACAAAGUACGUUGACGAAGCCAUUGAUCGAAUUGAGAAUGACAAAACUCCAAGAAAAGAUAACGAAGAAAAAAGUGUUUUGGAGAAAUUGCUGAAAAUUGAUAGAAAUGUAGCAAAAGUUAUGGCUCAAGAUCUUAUUGCUGGUGGAGUCGAUACAACAAGUAGUACAAUAGCUGGUAUUUUAAUUUGUAUUGCUAAAAAUCCAGAAAAGCAGGAAAAACUGCGUCAAGAAAUUCGUACAAUUCUACCACAAAAAGAUUCACUACUAACAAUCGACAAUAUGAAGAAUCUGCCAUACCUUCGAGCUAUCAUAAAAGAAGGUAUGCGAAUGUAUCCAAUUGGAGGAGGAACUGUACGGGCCAAUAAAGAAGAUAUUGUCAUGAGUGGCUAUCAGGUUCCAAAAAGUCAAGAAAUUAUUCUCAAUCACAAUGCGCUUUUGAAUACUGAGCAGUAUUGUCCCAAGGCCAAGGAGUUCAUACCUGAGAGAUGGCUUCGAAGUGAAGAGUCUCAAUAUGCUCCAACGCAUCCGUUUUUAUUUAUGCCAUUCAGCCAUGGACCAAGAAGUUGUGUGGGAAAAAGAAUUGUCGAAAUGGAGUUGGAAAUUACUGUCGCUCGACUUGUCAGGAAUUUCUAUUUAGAGUUUAACUAUUCUACAGAAAAUGCUUUUAAGAAUCGAUUGAUAAAUGUACCUGCAAUACCACUUAAGUUUAAAUUUAGCGAAGUUGAGCAAUAGUCGAUUUGAAAUUUCAGUUAAAUUCUAAAAAGUACAACUA